CCAGUUAAUUUGUCGAUAGCCGAUGCCAUGGUAUCAAGUCUAAAUGUUACAUUCAAUUACAUCUAUAUGCUGGACAACGAUUGGCCUUUUGGUGAACUGUAUUGCAAAAUAUCACAAUUUAUAGCCACACUAAGUAUAAGUGCUUCUGUAUUUACCCUGAUGGCGAUAUCAAUUGAUAGAUAUGUGGCCAUUAUGAAACCUCUUAAACCACGUAUGAGUAAACGUAAUAAUUUGGCAAUUGCUGCUGUUAUAUGGCUAGUAUCGGCCAUUAUAUCAUGUCCAAUGCUGCUGUUCUUCACCACUGAUGUUAUACCCAGCAAAGAUGGUCUACGUACAGUUUGUUAUUCUGAAUGGCCAGAUGGUUCAACAAAUCAUUCAAAUCAUGAAUACAUUUACAACAUCCUAUUUAUGAUACUCACAUACUUCCUACCAAUUAUUUCGAUGAGUGUUACCUACUCCCGUGUUGGUAUUGAAUUAUGGGGUUCUAAAGCGAUUGGAGAAUAUACACCGCGUCAAGUGGAGAACGUUAAGAGUAAGAGACGUCCCACACAAUAA